AUGACCAGUUUUCAGCCUUCUCAUAUUCUAGUUCUUGGCCCGACCGGUAAUGUCGGUAAAGCGAUUAUGGAUGCCAUUGUGAAUGCCAACCCAGCAUUCCCCAGGGUCUCCAUUCUUACUUCAAAGGAGACGGCUGCAAAUAAGUCCGAUCUAAUCGAUGGCUGGAAAUCGUAUGGUGUGUCUGUCGUGCUGGGAGAUGUCACGAAUCCCCAGGACAUUAAAACGGCAUACAGCGGAGUGGAUACAGUUAUCAGCUGUCUUGGAAGAGGAGCGCUCGAGGCACAGAAGGAGCUUAUCCGACUGGCUGAAGAGUCCCCAACUGUACGCUGGUUUUUCCCUUCAGAGUUUGGUACAGAUCCGGAACAUAAUGAACGGAGCGCACAAGAGAAGCCGCAUCAAACAAAGCUAGCAAUUCGGAAGUUUAUCCGCGAAAACACGAAGCAGCUAAAUGUGACCUACUUGAUCGUGGGGCCGUAUUUUGACAUGUGGGUAGACCAGCGAAAGUGGAGCGACGGACUUGGAGGAGUUGAUGUGGUGGCAAGAGAGGCAAUCUUGACUGGAGAUGGAGACACCAAGAUUGGCUUCACAACUUUGAAAGAUGCGGGAACAGCAGUGGUCGCAGCGUUACGCCAUCCAGAAGAGUCUCACAAUGCAGUUUUGAGAGUGGCAUCCUUUGUCAAGACUUCAAACGAGGUAUUGAGUGAGUAUGAGAAGCAGCUUGGGGUCAAAUUUAGUGCAAAGUACAUCUCUCUGGCCGAUCACGAGGCCACAGAAGGGAGCAUGUGGGAAAAGGGAAGUCCAUGGGCGGUGGUGGCAGCCUUGCGUCGUAUCUGGGCAACCGGUGGUGCCAUGUAUGACCACUUUUCAAACGAAGAUAUUGGUUUGGGUAACGGUGGAAUGGAGAGUCUUGAAGAGGCAGUUCGAAAACAUAUCAACAGUUAUAAGUAA